AGAAGGUGGCGAUGUGGAUUCUUGUCUCGCAGCCCAUGCACCGUCGCAUCUCCAGGACCCUGCUAAUCCAAUUGGCCAAUCGCUGCUUAGAUGAUGGUCUGUAAUUAGAUAAUUGGAUUUUAUGUAUUGAUAUGAGAGGAGAGAGAGAGGGGGGAAGAGAGAGACGGCAAUUCAAUGCUUCGAAGCAGGAAUACACUGCCUCAGUCUCACUCACUCGAAGAGGACGCAUUUCAUAUUGUGUGGUUCCUGAGAAAUUGGUUGCAAUUCGGAAAUUAGAAGAUUAACACCCCCCCCCCCUUUUUUUCUAUUCUGCUUUCACAAUUGAAUGGAUUGGUGGUACGCGAGACUCCGCGAAGGUUGCGGGGCUGUCACUCCGCGUUAAAGGAGGAAAAGAGAUUUUCUACCUGUUCUUCCGGAGCACAGUUUCAAUUGAAGGUUAAAAGAAGGGGGCCGGGGGGGGGGGCACGGGGAAACGGAUGGUCUUGCUGCCCGCUGCAGUCCGGGUUCAUUGACUUGGGGAGAGCCGGUGAGCGAGGUGGUGGGGGGAGUGAGAGAAGCAAAAAAAUAUAUUUGUUAAAAGGAAAGAAGACAGAGAGAAGCUUGCAGAUGAGAAAUACCCGCACUGCUGUGUGACUGGAAACCUUAAUAACUCGACAAAGGAGAGAUUAUUCCAUUAACAAAAGGCUGGGAGAGCAAGCCACGUUGAAUAGGGGUCCCACUGCAGGGGUUUGAAUCUGCAGGGGAGGGGAGGGAGGACCGGAGAGAGAGGGAGAAGCCAUCGAAGAGGCGGAAAAUGCUGCAAUUGUUCGAAUUGUCAUCUGGAGAGACCAAGUGAGACCUUCUUCUUCUCCUCCUCCUCCUACUCUUCAAGCAGGCGAAGAGAUAUGGGCACUGGACAGCCUGCAUGCAGGAAGACGCGAGGCCUGGUAGAUUGAUUUAUUUUUCAGCCCCCCUUCCUGAAUUAUCUUUUAACUGCUGGUGACAGGGGGAGUGUGGAAAGGGGGUGGCGAGAAGGGAAUGCUCGGGCGCCGAGUGCCUUCCGCCGCCGAUCCGACGCUGAGCUGCCAUCUACCCUGUAAUCGGGCAGAGAAGGGAUCUUUGUUGCCGUAGGGAGAUGGAAGGAGACGGAAUACAUAAGAGGCUUUUCAUGGGAGACCAGGAACAGCGCAGAGUGGCCCACAGAGAUACCUGGAUGUUUUGGUCGAGAAACCUGAGUGAAUUAUGAAUGGGAGUGAUGAUGAUGAUGAUGGCGAAGGCACUUCCAACACAGCGGAUGAGACUCAACGUCGGCAGGACUGUUAGCCGCCUGGUGCUGGUGACCCUGUGGACCCUGUCCCUACUGGGGGGGCUGGCGCAGCCGCACGUCUGCCCCAAGGGCUGCUCCUGCAGUAACCAGUUCAGCAAGGUGAUCUGCACCCGCUACGACUUGCGGGAGGUGCCGAGCGACAUCUCCACCAACACGCGCUACUUGAACCUGCAGGAGAACGCCAUCCAGGUGAUCAAGGCGGACACCUUCAAGCAGCUGCGGCACCUGGAGAUACUGCAGCUCAGCAAGAACCUGAUCCGCCACGUGGAGGUCGGCGCCUUCAACGGCCUCACUAGCCUCAACACGCUGGAGCUCUUCGACAACCGGCUGACCACGGUGCCGAGCGGCGCCUUCGAGUACCUGUCCAAGCUGCGGGAGCUCUGGCUGCGGAACAACCCCAUCGAGAGCAUCCCGUCGUACGCCUUCAACCGGGUGCCGUCGCUGCGGCGCCUGGACCUGGGCGAGCUCAAGAAGCUGGAGUACAUCUCGGACGCGGCGUUCGAGGGGCUGGUCAACCUGCGCUACCUCAACCUGGGCAUGUGCAACCUGGCCGAGAUUCCCAACCUGACGCCGCUGCUACGGUUGGAGGAGCUGGAACUGUCGGGCAACCGGCUGGAGGUGAUCCAGCCCGGCUCCUUCCAGGGGCUAACCAGUCUCCGCAAGCUGUGGCUGAUGCACGCCCAGGUGCAGCUGAUCGAGCGCAACGCCUUCGACGACCUGCAGUCGCUGGAGGAGCUGAACCUCUCGCACAAUAACCUGACUUCGCUGCCGCACGACCUCUUCACGCCGCUGCACCGCCUGGAGCGGGUGCACCUCAACCACAACCCGUGGCACUGCAACUGCGACGUGCUCUGGCUCAGCUGGUGGCUCAAGGAGACGGUGCCCAGCAACACCACCUGCUGCGCCCGCUGCCACUCGCCGCCCGCCCUCAAGGCGCGCUACCUGGGCGAGCUGGACCAGAGCCACUUCACCUGCUACGCGCCCGUCAUCGUGGAGCCGCCCGCCGACCUCAACGUGACCGAGGGCAUGGCGGCCGAGCUCAAGUGCCGCGCCGCCACCUCCAUGACGUCCGUCAACUGGAUGACCCCCAACGGCACGCUGAUGACCCACGGCUCGUACCGGGUACGCAUCUCGGUGCUGCACGACGGCACGCUCAACUUCACCAAUGUGACGGUGCAGGACACUGGGCUCUACACCUGCCUGGUCAGUAACUCGGCGGGGAACGCCACCGCCUCAGCCACCCUCAAUGUGUCGGCGGCCGACGGCGGUGGUCCGGCGGGCAGCGGCGGCGGCGGCGCUGCGGGCGGCUCCUCGGGCGGCUCCUCCAACAGCUACAGCUACUUCACCACAGUGACGGUGGAGACGGUGGAGGUGGUGGACGAGCCCCGCUCCACCGAGCACCAGGCCGGGCCCACCCCCUCCGGGGGCUGGGAGGUCUCCGCCGCCUACUCAUCCUCAUCGUCCUCCUCCUCCUCCGCCACGUCGCUGGCGCCGCAGUCGACGGAGCGCGCCUUCACCGUGCCGCUGGCCACCGAGGCGGGAGACGGGAUGCUGGCUGGCCUCGACGACGUGAUGAAGACCACCAAGAUCAUCAUCGGCUGCUUCGUGGCCAUCACCUUCCUCGCGGCCGUCAUGCUGGUCGCCUUCUACAAGCUGCGCAAACAGCACCAGCUCCACAAGCACCGGGGCCAGGCCCGCGCUGUCGAGAUCAUCAACGUGGAGGACGAGCUGGCGGGCUCGGCGCCCGCCGACAGCUGCCUGGCGCUGCCCGCUGCCGACCGCGAGCACCUCAACCACUACGCGGCCGCCUACAAGGCGCACUACGGCAACAAUGCGGCCGCGCUGAACUGCACCAAAAACCCACUCCACAACUCCGUGCACGAACCGCUCCUCUUCAAGUCCGCCUCCAAAGAGAACGUGCAAGAGACGCAGAUCUGAGCAGCACGCCCCACCACCCCAGCAUCUUUUUUUGAGGAAGAGGGUGGGGGAUUGGGUUGGGUGGAGUAUAUUGGGGAGGACAUCUCUGUAGCCACCUCCCUCUGCCCUUGGUGUUGGGGUGGGACAGCUGUGUUGCCACCUGCGUGUUGGGUUGGGUGGAAGGUAUUGGUAAUGACACUUCUGUCGCCACCUUACCUCUGCCUUUGGUGCUGGGGAGGACACCUCUGUGGCCAUCCAUCAGUUGGGUUGGGUAGAAGGUGUUGGGGAGGACACCUCUGUUGCCACCUGGCCUUUGACCUUGGUGAUGUGGAGGACAAUUCUGUUGCCACCUGCCUGUUAGGUUGGGUAGAAGGUGUUUAGAAGGACAUCUUUUCCACCAUCUCCCUCUGCCCUUGGUGUUGGGGUGGGGACACCUUUGUUGCUACUUGUGAGUUGGGUUGGUUAGAAGGUUUUGAGGAGAACACCUCUGAUGCCAUCUUGCCUCUGCCCUUGGUAUUUGGAAGAACACCUCCUCUUUCAUUCCACCUCCCCCCCUACCUGCCCACCCUCCCUCAGUUGCUAUCUGCCUCUGCUAUUGGUCCAUGGUGUACUGUGGUCCAGAGAUGGAGAAAGGAGAUGCCAGUUAGCCGGAGUCCCAUUCACUUGAUUUGCACAAGCAUUUCCUCACUAGCCUCUCCACCCCACCCCACCCCUCGGUUGAGUAAGAGUUGGGCAUGUACUCUUGUCUCGGUGCCUCUUUGCAAACCCCAUCCAGCCACCGCCCACCACUGGCCUGAUACUGCCUCUGCCAAGACGGGCCACCAGUCCAAGCCAUCGGCGUGGUCACUACAGCCCCAUAUUCUUGGUAAGACCAACUUCCAUUUACUGUAGCCACUGGGUCCCCAGUUACCUGGUGACACAUGCAGUCGUCUGUGUAGUUUCAUCAGUUCUACAUUCCCAAUCAGUCCUGCAGUGUCCCAUCUGUCCGAAGAGGCUGCUGUUUCCAGUGUCCUGUAAGUCAUAUCUUCUUGGCAAGGCUGACAGCUAUUUGCCUUUUGCCAUUAGUCCCGUUUUCAUGACCAGACCAGCAAUCAUUCACAGUGUCCCAUUGAUCAUAAUCACAUUCCCAACCAGCAACCAUUUGGAUUUGCUUUCCAGUCCCAUUUUUCUGAUGCAACAUUCCAUACUGCAGCCAGCUACAGUGUCUGAUCGAACAUAUUCCCCUCAUACCGUACAUUCUAGGCUCAUAAUCAUUGGCUCUCUCCACCACUUCCAUUUUCCUGAGUCUGUCUGGAAUUGCCAGUGAAUACACAAGGUAUAUUUGUUUAUAAAGCCAAAAUUUCCAAAACAACAAAAUUAUCUAGGUCUAACUGAUACCAAGAGAAUCUGAAGAUCCCUUAACACCUUUAGUCUCAAUGGAUCCUGAUCAUUUCUGCUUACAUUCUAUCACACUGGGACAAGUACAAAGGGCCCUAUCUAUAAUCUUUCAAGAGUGCCAAGGAGACCGUCUAGAGGGCGCAGCACUGGAUGUGAGGUCUUGUGUCCUGGGUGUGGAACCAGUGUCAGGAAUUUUGCAUUGUGCAGCUAGGAAUGGACUACGUCUUCGAGAUAAGGUGAUGCUUCUAGAAAGGCCCUGGGACGUUCUGGAGGUUUUCUUCUUCAAUGCUUCAAAGACAUUGGCCUAGGAAUCUUGGAGUAGCUACAACAGGUUUCUUAACAAAGAAAAAAAAAUGCCCCAAUGAAGGACCUGUCGCUAAGAUUUCAGGAACCUUCAUAUCUUUUCUUCUUCAAGAUGUGUUGCUAUUCAGCCUGUAGGAUGCUGGAAUCUGAUAUAAAAAAAACUCAAACCAAUUAUUCAACUCCAAUUUUUACAGAUAACUGUAAGACCUCAACUUUGACCCUUGGGAUUCAGCUAUCAAACCAAUCCCCACCCCCAUUACACACAUACACACACACACACACACACACACACACACACACUUACUGAAGCAACGUACAAGAAUGCUUCCCGUGGGGCCAGGAGAACUUCAUGAAACACCAGCUCUGUGAAAACAUUCUUCUCGGAAAAAUGGGUGGUGCGGGGAGCACGUUUUAAAUUCAUUGUAAAGGGAAAAAAAUGGGUCAAUGCACUUUUUUUACUUGUCUAGUGUAAUGGGCUCUUUCUUGUUCUUUGUCAAUAGCCCCAAUUCUAGGUCAAAAUUGAUCUAGAUCACCGAUUGCAAUGCGUGGUACAACAUCUUUCCAGUCACAAAAUAAAUCCUCUAGUAAUGGAUGCAGCAAGUGUACUAGGGUCCUACUUACUGGCCUCAAAUCCUUUUGCCCCCUCACUCUCUCCGACUUUUAAGUCUUGCCUUCCAGUUGAGCAGGGUAGGAGCUUGGGGAACGCGUUAGCUUUCUGUUCAAUCAUUACCUUGAUUUGUCUUUUUAUUUCUCUGAACCCUCUUUCCUCCUCCUCUGUUCGGAGGCAAGAUGAUUGUGCGUUGAAUGGAGCCCAAGUAACUCAGAGCAAAUCAUUUUCUUUUCUAUACAACUAUUAUUUGGGAAGAGUUGAGAUGAGUUCAACCCAAUAUUAGCAACGUCAAAGAGUAUAAGGACUUUUGAGUUGCUUUUUUGUGAUUCUUCAGUAUUUUUAAAGCUUGUUGUGAGGUUGAUAUAUAAAAAAGGAAAUGUGGUUAUUUUAACAUUUCUGGUAUUAUUUUUCUGUGCAAUGUAGUGGGUUGCAGCAAUGUAUUCUGACAAACUUCACCAGUUCUGGCCUGUCUCCCCUCGCUAAAGGUCAGCUUCCUUCGCAAAUCAGAAUUCCGAAAUGUACUCAGGUUUACUUGGCCUCAAAAGGUUACCUGGAUGAAGGGCUGUCAGAAGUGUGGGGAAGAGUCCAAAGGGAAGGUCCUCUGCAAGAAACGCGUGCCAACUCCAAUCCUUUCCACCAGCCCUUGCGAUUCUUUUGUAGAGUAACAGUCCUGAACCCUGCAGCAUCGACUCUCGUAGCUGAGGCUGGAGAUCUGACUGUGGGAGGCAGACCCAAAAGUAACAAAAAGAAACCAGAGAACCACUUAAAACAGCAUGUAAAUUAUGAGAAAGUUAAUGUUUCCAAUUAUUUUAUUACAUUUUAGCAAUAAUUCCAACUAUAGCUCGGAGGUACAGCUUGAAGGAAUUCUGAAUACUUUAAGAAAACUAUGUACUGUCUUCAGGGUAGACAAAUGCAGAUGUCAGGUACGAGACCCCAGGUCAAUGGCUGCACUGACGGAGCAUUAUGAAGCAAUUGUAAGGACUAUUGGCAAAUGUUUUAUGUUCUAGAAACUGCAGAAUCUCAAAGCUUGUGCCACAGACUGUUUAAAGAAACCUAGUUGAGUCGUUCCCCACUUCAAACAAAAAGGUGACUGCCGGGUUUGUAGUUUUUUUUCGCUUUUGCCCAAACCACCUAACCCCUCCAACCAAACAAACAGAGGCUCCCUGCAAAAGGAGUGACAGGUCAAGUGUAUAAUGUCCUUUAACAACACAUGUUUUCUCUACAUUUCUACUGAAUGUCAUACAUGAUGUCAAACUUGAGGAAUUUGUACAGAACCAUACAACUGUAUUCUCUGAAUUAAGUAAAAAAAAGAAAAAAAUGUUUGUCAGUGGAGACAUGCUGCUGUUGUCCACAAGCCGUUACUUUUACAAUGUUAUGUUACAGAUUGAAAGGGUUUUUAAUUAAAUUUAAUACCCAAAUUUUUUUUUUUGUUAUUUUCCAAGUAGUCCUCCCUGUAUCUUGAGAUUCCGAUGCAAGUUCAAGGAAAGUUAAAAAUUUGCAAAAAGCAAGCUUCAAAGAAAUGAAGCCAAAAGUCCUGCACUGAUUAUCUAAACUACAGAAAACAAUGUCUGCUGAAAUUCUUUGGGUGAGAUAAUCCUUAGUACCAUAUUAGGCUAUUAAAAUUUAUAACAUGAUUAAUUUUUAGUCACUUUCUACAGGUUCCCUUGCUCUCAACAAACAUCGUAAAAUAAAUCCAUAACAUCUCGGUUUAAUAAUAUGUCACUCUUGUGGCAAUUUCCAUUUUGCAAGUGUUUUGUAAAUUGAUCUUUAUAGUGGAGGACAAGGAU